GCCGUCCUUCAGUUGUGUGUGUGUGUGUGUGUGUGCGCGUAGUUCAAGCUCCGACCUCAAGUUGCCCCUUCCGCAGGAAGCAAACCACACCCAACACAACGUAAGUUAUUUGUCGUAGCUGAGUCGAGCAUCGUCGUGCGUACUUGUGUGCGUACUCAAGGCCACGCCCCCACACAACUCUUCUGCCCUCAUACGGCCAUCAUUUCAUCUACCUUCUUUUUUGCAAUUAUUCUGCUUCAUCGGCGCUUUCCUUCUCUUUCUUGUUUUGAUUCCUUCGGUUAUUACUUCUGUUUUCGUUGCUGCUGCUUUUUGUUUUUUCCUUUUAAACCGACGAAUACACAAACGGUUGUUGCGGCUUCUUGGUACGUAUUCGCCGUUCCACUCAUUUUCACUCGUGUGCGUUGUUGUCGGGUUUUCGGUGGGCUUCGGCGUUUGCAGCGGAGAAAACAAACAAAAAGGCAGCAGCGGCUUCUGCGUUGCGGCCAGCGCUUCUGUCACGUCACACGCGUUUUGCAGCGACUGCAUUCGGCCCUUCCAGUAUCAGCCGCCCCAGCUCUUUACCUCGGCCAGUUGUCGGGCUUCUUUUUCCAACCUAAACCAGCAACUCAGCAUGUUUCUGUGGAGGACGGGACGGGUAGCGGCGCUCAUCCUCGCCCUUCUCUUGCUGACCGCCUCCACGUGGACGGUGUGCGGGGUGGCCGCCGGCCCCACCACGACGCCUCAGCAGCGUCAGCGUUUGCGAAGUCUCUCGAAGUACGCGGAACGCGUUGGGGCGGCGCUGGUUCUUCUCACCAACGGCCCGAACGAUGCCCUCGGCGGCGACGAAGCUGGCGACGGUCACGUUGAGGAAGGUGCUGGGCUGCCCCCAUCCCACAUGCCCAACGCCCCCGCGGCCCCUGGACCUGUCGGCGACGCCUCUCUUCCCAUCCUUGCGCGGUUUAUGCAGUACCCCCACACGGCAGUGCAGGCGGCGGUGAAGGUGGUCUCGCAGAAGGUGGCUGCCACACGCAUCCUCGCGUCGGUGCUGAUGAAUUCAAAGUUAUCCGAGAGGAGCGAGGCGCAAGUGCGCACCGCAGCCGCGCACGCGAACGGAGAAGGUGACCCGCGUGCUGCGCGUCGCCGGACGGAGGAUGGCUUCUCCUCUUCCUCUCCGGUACCCGCCGCGCUUCGUCGCGCUCGCGCCCCCGUCGCGGAGGAAGAGACGGCGACACCCGAAGAAGGUGGAGAGUCGUCCAUGCGGCGAGUUGUGCCGUUGGCCGCCACGUCUUCCACUAGAUCGCCCUUCAUCACCUGCCUCCAGGGCUACGUAGGACUGGCCUCGGACACCUCCAUGUACUGCGCCGGGACUGGCUGGAUCACUGUCGGAGAUUACAUGUCUGUGCCGGAGGAGGAUCGAAGUACGUGCCACGUCGUGCCUAGGGCCUCCGUCACGCUGCAGCAGGAGUGCAUCUGCGCUGCCGACUCUUUCAUCGAGAAGCAGUCGAACAGGGCGUUCGCGUGCUCGUCUCGCCCUGCCGAUGUGCAGGUGCUGCUGGAUGAUGCCUACCUCUGCCACAACGCCGCUGAUGCCGCUCUUGGGCUGCCCAGCACGAUGGAGAGUGAAUACUGCAUCGAGACGACACGCCACGCAAAGCUGAAUUUAACGGUGCGUUGGAAGUAUUCGUAUCUUACCCUGGACGCGCUGAAGGCUGCCGUGGACAUCUCGGACGACUUUGCCACGCCGAGGGAGACCCCGCCGGGGUCCCCGGACCUGCAGUGGGUUGUGCUGGGCAAGACUCCUUCCGACGGCGACACUUCUUCUGACGGCGCGCCUCUCUUCGCCAAAGGCAACUACAGCGAACUCAUGUUCGACACGACGCUCUUCACGUUCGUGACGCCCUUCUCGCCGGAGACGGAGGAGGAAGCGGGCGUUACGGCGGAGGACGCCUUCUACGUCUCUCGUCUCUCGGAGCUGUACAGCGCGCAAGCGUUCACCGCCGUUUACUGCUUCGCCACUCCACGUAAGACACAGGAGCACCUCAUCGAAACAGCCCUGGAAUCGGAGGGUCAGAUGCGCCGCUACUUCGGCAACAUCAACGGCACCUCCACGCACACGCUGCAGCUGGACCUGUCCAGCGUCUCGGACGACUUUGUGGAGGGAAAUCAAAUGUACGUGGAGACAGGCAUCCACGACGGCAGCAUCGCCUACAGCUAUCGCGUAGCUCGCGUGCAUAUCUCCUUCUCCGACCUCGCGCCGCCGUCUGCCAAGACGCACCACUACAAGAAGCAGUUUAACCCGCUGUACAUCCUAUUAAUUGUGGUGGUUGGCGUGAUUGUGGUGGGGGCGGGCCUGGCUGUGCUGUGGUUCCACCUGAUGCAGGACGAGGCGUACGAUGACAGCAUCGUCUCUCGCGCGCAGCGGAAGAAGGGGAAGACGGCGGCGACAGCGAGCUGA